UGUCCCCUUGGUCAGUGCACAAGGCCGGACGAGGAGCCUCUCUGACACGCUGCAGGUGGACACCACGGCUUCUCUCGGGGCCCAGCUGCACAGUGGGCCAUGGGGCGUCAUCCCCUGCUGCUUUGCCUCUUCGCCGUGGCCCUGUGGGGCGGCCCUGCCUGGCUCUGCCCACCUCCAUGCCAGUGCUUUGGGAACACAGCCGUCUUCUGCUCUGAGGAAUCUCUCUGGGAUGUCCCUGAGGGGAUCCCCCCCAACACCACCCAGCUGCUCUUCGCGGAGACGUCUCUGGACUCCAUCCCCAGCCGGGCCUUCGCCAACAGCAGCGCCCUCCGCAAGCUGCUUUUCCUCGGCAGCCCCAUCCGAUCUCUGGGAGAGGCUGCCUUCGUGGGCCUGCCGGACCUCCAGGAGCUGGAAAUCUCUGACAGCCAGCUGAGCGCCGUGACGGCCGGGAACCUCCUCGGCUUGGCCAACCUCAGCAAGCUCUCCAUCACAUUCAGCCCCAUUGGCGGCCUGGAGGCGGGGCUCUUUGAGAACACCCCGGGCCUGGAGGCGCUUCACCUGCAAGGCAACCAGGUGGAGUCUCUGCCCUUCGACCUCUUCCGCCCACUGGCCCGCUUGGAGACGCUCUCCUUGUCCCAGAACCGCCUUGCUGAGCUGCCGGAGAGGGUCUUUGAGCCACUGCAGCUCCUGCGGGUGCUGAGGCUGAGCGACAACCCCCUGCCUGGCCUCCCUCCCCGCCUCUUCACGCCCCUGGCCGGCCUGCAGGAGCUCUUCCUUGAGGGCAACGGCCUGGUGGAGCUGCCUGCCGGCAUCUUGUCCCCGCUCCGCCACUUGAAACGGCUCCACCUGCAGCACAACGCCUUGGUACGCCUGCAGCCCUCCGCCUUCGCCUCUCUCCACCGCUUGGCCUUCCUGAAUCUGGACAGCAACCAGCUGGUGGAGUUGCCCGAGGGGCUCUUCCGGGGCACCCCCCACCUCCUGCAGCUCUCCGUGGCCCACAACCGGCUCCAGAUGGUCCCAGAGGGGCUCUUUGGCCACCUCUGCAACUUAACCAUGCUGGUGCUGUCGCACAACCACCUCCGCCACUUGCCUGCCGGGCUCCUCGGGGGCUUGCCGGCCCUCAGCAGGCUGCAGCUGAGCCACAACAACCUCAGCGUGCUCCCCAGGGAGGCCUUUGCCAAUCUCACUGGCUUGGAGGCCUUGGACCUGGCGCACAACCAGCUGCUGAGCCUGCCAGAGGGCAUCUUCAACUCCAACGAGGUCCUCUUCAACGUGGCUCUGCAGGGCAACCCCUGGGCCUGCGACUGCCACCUGGCGCACGUGGCCGAAUGGCUCCGCUACACGGAGACGCCCCUCAACGCCCAGGCCCUUUGCAGGAGCCCGGCUCACCUCAAGGGAUGGAGUCUCCCAGGCCUCCAAGCGGAGCAGCUGACCUGCCGCCGCGAGCCCGGAGCCAGCCGGUGCCGAGCAGAGGCUCCGGGCCCCUUGGGGGAGCCCCAGUGUACUUACGAGGACCCGGCUGGGGCCAUCCAGCUCGCGUGUGACUCGGAGAACUGCCACCAGCUCAGCCUGUGUCUCCCUCGAGAGGCGGCCUUGCCUGGGCCAGGGCAGCGGUUCAGCCGGGACUGGACCCUGGACUCAGCCUGUGGGACGGCCAGACUCCGGAUAACUGUGAGCAUCGAGACUGUUGAGCCCCUGCACGGAGGAGAGGCCGGUCCUGCUGGGACCACUGCACCAGCUCCUGAGGAAAGCCCCUAAGCCAGACACGCCCACGGCAGCCGCCGGAGUUGGAGGAGAGGCGAAGAAGAAGGUGGGCCCAGGAGAAGCAGCUUCCAGGCCCACCUCCGGGGUGGGGGGGAGGCCUCCCUUGCAGGGCUGCAGUAAGGACAAACAGGCCAGAGGCUUGCAAAGUAGGUUGCAGGUCCAAAGGCAUUGUAAAUGUUUGUGCCGGCCAUGCUGUUCUCUCCUGCAAAGGGGAGAGAGGCUCUCGGCCCCGCCCCCCUCCCCACCCCCCAAUCUGGACUUUCCUAUAGCCUGGUCAUUCCUGGGGAACAAUGGAUGCUGAUGGGCAAUGAGCAGCUGGAAAGCCCUUUCCCUAAGCCCCCACGCCCAAAUCAUAUGCAGCCAAAUCCCCUGCAUGCAGGAGGCCCUGCAAGGGGGGGGGGGGAUCGGAAGCUCUUCUCACCACACCAGGGGCUGUUUAAGGUUUUGGGGCGGGGCUGGCCUGGAGUUGCCCUUGGAUUGGGACCACCUGCGUGCUCCUUCCUGCACCCCUUUAUCUCCAGGGGUUUUGGCAAGAUCUUGUGUUUCCCACGAGCUGGUGAAGGGGACCGCGAAACAGUGUGUCCACGUGGAAGUGCCCAGAGAGCUUUGGCUAUUGGGUGGUAUAGUAAAAAUGUAAUAAAUAAA